CCGGUCGUCCAAGCCAGCUCGCGGCGAUCGGGCGAGCCGGAGCCGCAGAACCGAACGGGGAACAGGGGCUCGAUUUCUUCCAAGAAGCAGAAGGCGGAUCGGGAAUUCACGCCCGGACUCCCGUUCCCAUCGGUUCAACUCGCUCCCCGCCGCCUACAGCUCACCCACGCCCGCCACCCUCCUCCGGAGAAGCGUGAUUUUGGGGCAUUAGAGGCAAUUGAGAUGGUGCCCGAUGGCAGCGUCAAGGACCAGGAGGCCUCGAGCUCCUCGUCUCCACCCGCCGCGGCGAUAGCGAGGGCGGCACGGCCGCCUAGGCCAGUGAGCUUUAAGACUAAGAGGAUCGUGUGGCACCCGCUGAAGCACCGCCGGUUCCGCGUGGGGGCCACCAAGACGAUGGUCGAGGCCUCAUCGUCCGCUCAGGCGGUAAGGGGAGCCAGAGACCAGGCGGUAAGGGGAGCCAGAGAGGUGGGGGAGGCGACCACGGCGGCGGCGGCCAUGGGGUCGCCCAAGGAGGACGAGAAGGGGCACAUAUGCGGCGGCUGGAAGAGUGAGGAUGGAAGUUUGUAUUGUGGAUAUUCUAGCUUGAGAGGGAGAAGAGCAAGUAUGGAAGACUUCUACGAUAUGAGAUCAUCUAAAAUGGGUGCUAAAAACAUAAACCUUUUUGGAGUAUUUGAUGGACAUGGUGGUUCAUGUGCCGCUGAGUAUCUCAAGGAGCACUUAUUUGAAAAUCUCCUGAAACACCCCUCUUUCAUUACUGAUACAAAAACAGCAAUAAGUGAGAGCUAUACGAAGACUGACUCAGAUUUCUUGGAUGCUGAAACCAAUAUUCAUAGAGAGGAUGGGUCAACUGCAUCAACAGCAAUUUUUGUUGGCAACCAUCUCUAUGUGGCAAAUGUUGGCGAUUCACGGGCUGUAAUAUCGAAGGCGGGCAAAGCUAUUGCGCUCUCUGAUGAUCACAAACCAGACAGAAGCGACGAGCGGGAACGGAUUGAAAAUGCUGGAGGAGUUGUUACAUUUAGUGGAACAUGGAGGGUAGGUGGUGUACUUGCCAUGUCUCGGGCAUUUGGAGAUCGUUUGUUGAAGCCGUUUGUUGUUGCAGAGCCUGAGAUUCAGGAACAAGAAAUAGAUGAUGAAUUGGAGUAUCUGAUUUUGGCUAGUGAUGGCCUGUGGGACGUGGUGUCAAAUGAGCACGCCGUUGCAUUUGUGAAGGAGGAGGUGGGCCCUGAAGCUGCGGCCCGAAAGCUGACACAGAUCGCUUUUGCGCGUGGGAGCACCGACAAUAUAACAUGCAUAGUUGUAGAGUUUCACCGUGCCAAAUAAGUGACCGAGGUUGAUUUUCUUAUUUCUUUUUAGCUUAUUACUAGCACAUAUGCCCGUGCGUUGCAACGGGAUGUGAAUCGAGGCUCGGGGACAUAUGAUCCUAUUCUUCCUUAGAUAGCAUGUCAAACUGCCUUUAGGAUCCUACGCACAUCAGAUAGCAUUGUUGGUCUUCAUUUACAAUUAAUCAGGGGUGGCAAGGUUGAAGCUCGCGGAUGUAUGUGCUUUUGUACAGAGCAAAUGCAUGUUGCUAUGAAUCAGGAGUGGCAAGGUCGACAAA